AUGAGUCAUCUUCCAGAAGUAUUGUUCUUCAGAAAAAGAUCAAUUGAUAUGAUACUUCUCCAGUUAGAUCAGUCUGAGAGUUUUGAAGAAAAAUUUGAAAUCGAAGAACAAGUUCAGGCCUUGCUUCCUGCUGAACUUGCUAGUUCUUUUGCUACUUCUCAUACCGCGCCUUCACUUCCUGAAGAACUGUGUCUCCGUUUCUCUCCUUCCCAUGUAGCUUUUUGGGACACUCAAGCCCAAAACAUAGUUGGCAAACUAUCUGGUGUACCUGUUUCUACACCUCCUGCUCCCAACUUUCCGGUCCACAUACCUGUUACCAGCUCUUUGCCCAUGAGUACUCCUCCUGCUCCAGUCAACCCUGCUGCUCCUGCUGCUCCUGCUGCCAUGACCAUACCCAAGUCAAUUACAGCUUUUACUACUGCUUUUCGUAGCUCUCAGCCACCUGCUGCUUAUACUGAGUGGGCAUUGUUUGGGCACAAGCAUGGUCUUAGACGGCGUCUCUUCAAUUUGUAG